AUGUGCGCCUUGAGCGUUCUACUCAAGGUUUCGCUGGUGACGGCGUGCAUGCAGAUGACUCCAGCCAGUGGCGCCGUUGUGUCUACCGCCGUUCAAUCGCAGCAAGGAGGUAGUCUUCAGUCGCAGCAGGGAGCUGUACAGUCGCAGUCAAGCUCCGUCCAGUCGCUGAAAGUGGCCACUCUUCAGUCGCAGCAAGGAUCAGCUCUUCAGUCACAGCAAGGAGAUAGUUUUCAGGCUCAGCAAGGAGCAGCUCUUCAACCGCAGUCAGACUCGCUUCAGUCGCAGCAAGGAGCUCUACAGGCACAGUCAAGUUCGGUCCAGUCGCAGCAAGGAGCAGCUCUUCAACCGCAGUCAGGCUCACUUCAGUCGGAGCAAAAAGCAACUCUUCAGUCGCAGAGCUCUGAAGCACAACAAAGCUCCCUUCAGUCGCAAGAAAAACAACCUCCCUCCUCCAACCAACUUGCCCGAGCUCCUCCAACCACUCCAGACACCGUCACUUCCAACCUCCUAACCAUCCAAAAUCAGACCCCAAAUCAGAACCCCAUUCCGAGCGCCGACCCAGCCUACCUCCAACACUUGAAGCUCUUCCGAAGCAGCAAGGCGUCGACUUUCAACGGCUGGUCUCGUCAGAAUUCCCUACCGCCUAUCGUAGAACGACCUCAGGACAUUUCAAAGCAAGAAGAACGAGUGAGGACUUUCGCCGCCGGGAAAUCCUUUGUUCUGACUCCUGCCGUGCCAGAAGCACAGGCGACGUCUUCAACGGCGACAUCGACGACUUCUCAGAAAACGAUUCAGGAUGAGAAGGAUGACGCCGCCUUGUUUGAGGCCCUUCGUGUGGAGCAGACUGGUCAGUUAGAUUCUUUAAAAAAAAAAUAAGCGAGCGAGCGAGAGGGCGAUGAAGCAAUAGAGGCGCAGAUCUCUAUUUCUCAAAUGCUUCUCCAGCUUUCAUGCUCUCUCCUUUGACCCAUAGUUUCACUCCUACCACGUUGAACGUUUUGCCUUUAUCUGAUAGUAUAUUUAAGCAAAAUAUUUCAGACAUCUGCUCCUCCUGUCCGCCGCUUUGGAUGAACGCCACCUUAGACAUGAAAUCCCAAUGCUCCAACUACGAAUCCGUCUCGACGUUCUUUGAAAUGUCGAUCGACGGCAGAAGCGCCCAGAAAAUCGACGACUCCUCCAGCAUCAAACAGUGCACGAGGACCAUCACUUGUCCACAGCCUCACAUGCUCGUCAAGUCAGUUUUUCUUUUCUUAUUUAUUUUUUAUUCCCCAAAAUUGGUCAUUACACUCUGUAACUCUUGAAAGCCUUGACCUUACAAAUUCCUAUUUUUCAAAUGAGAAAGGCUCAAGUUUCGUAUUCAUAGCUUUUGAUGGUUUUUUUGAAACUGCAAGAUAUUUCUCAGCUCGAGACCUUUUCAUUUUUUGGUCACCUUUCAGAAAUCUCAACCGCACGUGAAAUAAUCUUCUUAAUGAAUCUCAUUGCAGAAGCUUGAAAAUGAAAAAUAAAAGUUGACCUUUCUAUUUUAGCAAAUUUAUCAUGACCUUUAUCACAAGCUCUCUUUUCAACUUUUUUCCACCUAACUUCUAAAAAACCGCUACUAUUCUGAUCAAGUUCUACUCCCUAAAGACGGAAAAACGUCAUAGCCGCCGAAGGUUAAAAAUAGAUGAACUCUCACCGCCCUAAAAUGUCCUUUUUACAUCUGCCAACAAAUUCCAAAAAAAGAAAUAUCGACAUUAAAGACCAGUUUAUUUCUUUUUCAACGACCUGCAGUCUUCUGGUCGCAUCUAGAAUGACUCAAUGCGGUGCGGUCGCACUGCGGUUCAUAUCAAAAUUUCAAAGAUGGCCCUUUUGUCUCAUCAAUUCCAAUUUAUUAAGAAGAUUAAUUUCUAUGGAUAGUUUUGAAAAAGACUUUUCUAGUGCUUGCCCUUCUUAUGAAUCCUAUAAGAUAAAAAACUGCUCUGGAGCUUUUCCGACUCGUCUGCGCUCUCUUCUCUCUCGUAAAACCAUAAAAUCAGAAAAAGACACAUAAUUUCAGAGAAAGCGCAAAGCAUUAAGACUCUCACAUUGCUUAUCAAAAAAAAAUAAAUAUAGAAAAAUAGACUGUUUGUUGAGCCAUUCCCAGUGCGACCAUCGGGAGUCAAGCUUAAUUUUCAUUUUCUAACUAUAAGCCAAGAUGAAUUUGCAAAAUCUUACUGACCACUUCUUAAAUAAUUGAGCUCUAUCAAUCCACCGAAACCUACAGUACCCCAUUAUAUCUGCCGUAAUCCUCCUUACAGAUGGCACGACUCGGAGCUCUGCGACGUCCACGCUCCGUCGGUCACCGACGAGCGAACUUUCACCUACAAGUGCAACGGAACCCAUUGGACGAUGCACGGUUUUCCGCUGACCAGCGUCAUUUGCGGAGUCUCGUCACGAGUAUAA